UCAUAAACACAGCAUUAUUUUUAUGAAUGUGAAAUAUCUAAUAAAUUUCUGGAUAAUAAAUUAGUUUGAAGUCCCUAUAAUUAUUAAUAAUGAAUCUACAAAGUUUUAUUACUUUGCUAAUAAUCAAUAUUCUCCUACAUUCUACUCGCGCUGAAGUAUGCCCAACUAUACGAAAACGUUCUGAAUGGGAAGCAGCAAAAGGAAAGACACAUGAAUUGGCUUCGAUACCUGUAGACUAUGCUAUUAUUGGACACACUGUGACAAGGAAUUGUUUUUGCUUUGCUACUUGUGCAUCUUUAAUUAAAAAUAUUCAAGAUGAUCAUUUGUAUCAAAGAAAAUGGAAUGAUAUUGCAUAUAACUUUUUAAUAGGAGGUAAUGGAGAAAUUUACGAGGGUAUUGGAUUCGAUCGUGUAGGUACGCAUACUAGGGACUAUAAUUCGAAAUCCAUCGGGAUUGCAUUCAUUGGAAAUUUUAAUGAUGUUCCACCAGAAGCAAAACAACUGGAAGCAUUAGAUAAAUUAUUAAAAUGUGCUGUAUUUAUUGGUGCAUUGAAGCAUGAUUAUAAAUUGGUUGGACAACGACAACUUGUAAAUACAUUAAGUCCUGGUACACAGCUUUACAAUGAAAUUAAAUUAAUGGAUCAUUGGUUUCGUUAUUAAGAUGCAUAUCAUUGGGCUCGCCAUCCGACACGUAUUCAAUAAAACUUUCACUCACUUGUGAUUAAUAAUCAGUAUUCAUGAAAUAUAUUUGUAGUUACCUACAGUUUAAAUAAACUUGUGAAAACAGA